AUGAUUACUUAGCUGCAUAGGUCUUCUCGACCACCUGUCCGUCCUCCUACCUUGUGGCCCCCGACUAGUCUCGACUCUUCCCACCGAGAAUCGAACGCUACAAAUACCUUACCAAUCUUCCUCUCUCCCUGUCUUUGUUUCUAUCUAUCUGUGUGAAAGAUUUAGAACUCGGAAAUGGAUGUCAACUCGGUUUACCCAUGCUUGCAGGAACUCUUUCCAACGGUUGAUUCUCGCUUGCUGAAGGCGGUUGCUAUUGAGCAUUCCAAGGACGCCAAUCUAGCCGUGGAGAUUGUUUGUAGUGAGAUUAUCCCUUAUUUGUCUGGUUGGUCAACUGGUUCUUCCAGUCCUCCUGAGGAUGGUGAAGCAGGAUUUAAGAAGCAGAGAUACUUGUUAAGCCAGCCGCAAGUAAUUGACAAAGUAGAUGUGGGGCCUUCUUCAGAACCUCAAUCGAUAGCUUAUGAUGAUGCCAAGGAGAGUGAUCAUACCUGUGGUGUCCUUCAUGCUGAUGCAACACCUCGGUUUGAGGCACUGAAUGAUUCCACAGCUUUGGAUUUCUAUGAUGCAAAUGAAGACAACAAUCAGUCAUGCAGAUAUACUGAAAAUGAAGAAGUGAUUUUGCUGGGGAAUUCUCAAGAAAAAUGUGUCAAAGUGGGGUUGAGUGAGAUUGAUGCCACAUUAAAUGCUUUGUCGCAUGGAGAAAAUGAUGAUCAGAAGAGUGGAAAUACUGGAAGUGAAGAAAUGACUUCUUGGGAGAACUGUAAAGAAAAUGAGAUUGACAUGGGGUCAGAGACAAACCUCCCUGGCAUGACCAUUUCUUUGGUAAAUGAAAAGGAUGGCGUUAAAGGCCCUACGGUUAAUGAUCUGGAUUAUGAUUGGAGAGAUAUUGACUUUCCUAUGGCUAAUGACUCUAAUAAUGUUGUUCAUGGAGAAAGCCAGAAAGCAGAAUCGUGUUCAAAUAUCUCUGAGGCAGGAAAUUCUGUGCUUCAGCUUGUUCCUACAUCAAUCAAAGAACAUACACUACUGGCCAGUGGUUCUUCAGACGUUACUUUCAAGCAACACUAUUUUGUCAGUGAAAUGAGUGAUAUCAAGGAUGAGACUAAAGCAGAUGCCAUAAUUAAUAGUUCUGGUUCGGGCCAAGAAUGUAAAAUUCAUCUUCUUGAAGAGAUUAUUGAAGAUGCCAGAAAUAACAAGAAAACCUUGUUUUCGGCUAUGGAGAGAGUGAUCAAUAUGAUGAGAGAAGUGGAACUUCAGGAGAAGGCUGCAGCACAAGCCAAAGAGGAAGCUUGUAGGGGAGGGUUGGAUAUUCUGGUCAAGGUGGAAGAAAUGAAACAGAUGUUGGCACAUGCAAAGGAAGCAAAUAACAUGCAUGCGGGAGAAGUUUACGGAGAAAAGGCAAUUUUAGCAACUGAAGUAAGAGAGCUUCAAUCUCGCCUUCUCUGCUUAUCUGAUGAAAGGGAUAAAUCCCUUGCAAUUCUUGAUGAGAUGCACCAAGCUCUACAAACACGACUGGCCAUGGCAGAAGAGUUGAGGAAAGCAGCUGAGCAGGAAAGACUUGAAAAAGAAGAGUGUGCUCAAAAUGAUCUUGAUGCUCAAGAAGCAAUCAUGGAGAAGGUUGUUCAGGAGUCCAAGAUGCUAGAACAGGAGGCAGAGGAAAAUUCCAGGUUACGCGAAUUUCUGAUGGAUCGAGGUCGGGUUGUUGAUAUGUUGCAAGGAGAAAUAUCUGUUAUAUGUCAGGAUGUGAGGCUGUUGAAAGAGAAGUUUGAUGACCGUGUUCCAUUAAGUAAAUCUGUUUCCUCAAGCCAGACUAGUUGCAUCUUAGCUACUUCAGGCUCAUCUGUGAAAAGCAUGGCAUCUGAUAUGCUUCCCCGGGGUAACUUAGCUUCUUCAGGCUCGUCCAUGAAAAGCAUAGCAUCUGAUUUGGUUCCCAGCUUAGCUUCUUCAACCUCAUCUCUCAAAAGUGUGCCACCUUUUUCAAAUCCUGAGCAAGGGGUAUCAUCUAAGACGCCAAAAAUGAGCCCCACACCCUCUGUUCACAGCCUAUCAACAGAAAGCAGACAUGAAGAGGAAAGUGCCAGAACUGAUCGCCAAGCUCUUUUGGAUGAUGGGUGGGAUCUCUUCGACAAAGUUGCAGAAUUGGACUUCUAAGUUUGCAUAUAUUGCGAAUACAACAGAAUAAAUCUCUUAAAAGUUCUUUACAAAUCGAGUGUAGCAGAUACCUGUCAACCAGUUUUCAUUUCAUUCGCUGAUUAGGAUUAUAGUAUUAUUACACCAUUGCGGAUUGUGUACAAUCUUGUAUACCUUGAAUUGGUAGUUGAUUACUGCCUUUAGAUUUUGUUUGUACAGUGAAAAUGCAAAACAAACAAUUAAGAGAA